UGACAGGUUGGCUGACCUCAGCGCUGCAGCCUCCACACCACCACCCACCACACUGCCACAGUAUAAAGGCUGCUGUCCAUCCUCAGCCUCCACUCUCUGGAUACACAACACACAGCUGCCUGCACUAACCCUGAGGUGAAAAGACAGGUGACGAUGACUGACCUGGAGACCUCGAUGGCCACCAUCAUUGCAGUAUUUCAGAAGUAUUCAGAGAGAGAAGGAGACAAACACAAGCUGAAGAAGAGCGAGCUGAAGGACCUGCUUCACGAUGAGCUGCCGGAGCUGAUGGCGCAUGUGAAAGACCAGGCCACGCUGGACAGCCUGAUGGAAAGCCUGGACACUGACGGCGACGCCGAGUGUGACUUCCAGGAGUUCAUGACAUUCAUCUCCGUGGUUACCGUCUGUUGCCACGAGUUUUUCGAGCAUGAGGACGAGUAAGGGGGGAGCUACAGUAAAUUAUAAAGAAGCAGUUAAGCCUAGCAACCUGCCGAUGAUGCCUUCAGAGCAGCGCAGGGUGGGAAAACACAACUCCAGCCAGCAGCCAAAAGACUAUGGGUCAGGUUGGCUGGUGGCUGACAAACAGUCCAGUCUCGUCCUCAGCUUAGUCGUAGCGAUCCUACCAUUUUCUAUUCUUCAUCAAUAUCUACAUCACUUUGAAAGCUGAGAUUUGGCAUCACCACGAAGCUCGUUACAGAACUAGCCACUGAUUUCUAAAAGUCUACCACUUAAUUAAAGUAGUUGAAAUUCCUUAACAACAUUUCACACGUCAGACAGAUGUUAAGAGCUCCAGUUGGCUGCAGAAGUUCAGCUUGUAACUUUUUAUUUAUGUGCUUUUUAAAAGCAGAGUGGCUAACUAGCUACUUGGCUGUAGCAGCCGCACAAAUCAAUCCACUAUCUAGAGGCGACUGUUUGAAAAGUUUGACAUAAAAUAGCUGACUCAAACUUUAAAAGUUAGUUCUUAUAUUAAAAACAUUAGAUUGGCUAGUGAAAGAUUCAAAAAUGGCUUCUGAGUUUCAGCCACUUACUUUGGAAACGGCCAACAAGUUCACUCACCCUCCACUCAUCACCGUGGCGAUCAACCAGCUAAUUAGCAACACCUGUGCGAGAAACAGUUUCAGAAUGACUUUGAGUUUUAGUUAAUCUAGCUGCCACUUUGGAGGCCACAAUUUAGGGGUUUACCAACUGUUAUAUUAUUUUAAGAAAUGGCAGAUUUUAAAAAUAAUUAAAUAAAAGCAACUGGCUGGUAGGUUUUGGAUGUGGCUGGAAAGUUCUACUGGGCUUGUAAAAUAAUUUAAGUGGCUGAUAAUUGCCCUUUGCUCUUGUUUUGCUUUAUUUCUUGCCCAGAGGCUCUUUUUGGAAAAUCUUUUGACUUCAUAUUUAGGUAAAUAAAUAACGACAACUAUUUGAGACAUGAGACCUUCCAAACGUCUAGUCUGCUGUUGCCUGUAGACGAGUUUCCCUCCCUGCUUCUGCUGCAGGUUUGAUCCUGUUAGAUUCAGUAGAAAACAAUCUAGAAAACAAAUUUAAGAAACAUGUACAUGCAAAGAAAACAUGGAUGAUAGCUCUAAAACUGUUAAUAAAACAGAAGAGUUUGUCUGAUGACGUGACAAUGUGUAUUUUGAAAUGUGGAGCGCUGGUUUGUUUUGAUGUUGGUGAUGUGAAAUGAAUUAAAUUAUGAAAUGUG